AUGGUGAGAUCCAUUCUUUUGGCACUCCUCAUCAGCGGCGUUCCACUGACAGUGGCUGCGUCUUUGUGGUCGAGUUCCCCUGCCACAUAUGGAUCUAGCGACAACGAUGAUUAUAUUUUGAAGACCGGCUAUGCUCUCGGCAAUGGCAAACUUGGAGCCAUACCUUUCGGGCCGCCAGGGGCAGAAACCUUGAUGCUGAACCUAGAUUCCUUAUGGUAUGGAGGCCCCUUUGAAUUAACAAACUAUACUGGUGGGAACCCGACUGAGCCUGUAUACCAAUACCUGCCUGGCAUUCGAGAGUGGAUAUUCCAAAAUGGAACGGGAAAUAUCUCUGAGCUCCUCAACGAUAUUGUCGGCUACGGAUCCUACCAGACAUUAGGUAAUCUGACAGUCUCGUUUGAAAGAGCCGUUGACGAAUAUGCAAACUACACACGGACGCUUGAUCUGAGAACAGGCAUACACCGGUCUGGAUGGACUGCCAAUGGGACUCGCUUUGAGACGUCGGUCUUCUGCUCUUAUCCGGCACAGAGCUGCGUGUAUAACAUUAAUAGCAGCGGAGAAGCCCUACCUGCAUUGAAAGUCUCCCUGUCCAACGACCUAAUGAGUAGCACCUUGGUGAACUCAACAUGUGGACCGGGCUAUACACGUCUUGACGGCAUCACUCAAGCUUCUAUCGGGCUGCACUUCACCUCGAUCGCACAAGUUGUAGGGAAUACAAGUACAUCAUGCUCUCAAGAUGAUGGAUCCCUGGUCAUCCCUGCGCUUCCAAGCCGGUACUCCAUCACAAUCGUGUCGUCUGCCGAGUCCGACUACGACCAGACAAAGGGCAACGCGCAGAGCAACUACUCUUUCAGAGGACAAGAGCCCGGUCCUGUCGUCGAACAGAGUACGCAAUCAGCAGCGGCCCAGUCCUACAGUACCUUGCUGCAGGACCACAUAGACGACUAUACUUCGCUGAUGGGGCAAUUCGUCCUUGAUCUCCCAGACACGGCCAACUCGUCCAGUCUGGAAACAGCCGAUCUCGUCGCACACUACACUAACAGCACGUCAAAUCCCUUCCUCGAGUCUCUCAUGUUUGACUACUCACGCCACCUGCUCAUCUCCUCGUCCCGCACGGGUUCAUUGCCUGCCAACCUGCAGGGCAGAUGGUCCGAGCAGCUCGAGCCGGCCUGGAGUGCCGACUACCACGCGAACAUCAACCUGCAGAUGAACUACUGGGGCGCCGAGCAGACAGGCCUGGGAGAUUUGUCAUUGCCUCUGUUUGCGUACAUGGCAAACACAUGGGCCCCACGUGGGAGCGAGACAGCGCAGCUGCUGUAUAAUGGGUCAGGCUGGGUGACACACGACGAAAUGAAUAUAUUUGGAUACACAGGCAUGAAGAAUGCAGCCCAGUGGGCAAACUACCCAGCCUCGGCAGCGUGGCUGAUGCAGCACGUUUUCGAUCACUACGACUACAGCCAGAACACCACCUGGCUCGUUGAGACCGGCUACCCUCUCUUGAAAGCCAUAGCAUCAUUCUGGCUCUCUCAACUGCAGGAAGACCGCUUCUACAACGACGGCACCCUCGUCGUCAACCCGUGCAACAGCCCCGAGCAAGGGCCCACGACCUCCGGCUGCACACACUACCAGCAGCUCAUCCACCAGGUCCUCGAGGCCGUCCUCCGCACCGCGCCCCUGGUCUCGGAGCCCGCCUCCGACUUCCUCGCCUCCACCACAGCCGCCCUCGCCCGCCUCGACACCGGCGUGCACAUCGACCCAGACUCGCCCCAGGGCGUGCUGAAGGAGUGGAAGGUCCCAGACGCGUACCUCUACGACGUAUACCCAGAGCACCGGCACAUCUCGCACCUCGUAGGCUGGUACCCGGGCUACGCCAUCGCCAGCUUCGCCAGCGGCUUCACCAACACCACGCUGCAGGACGCCGUCCGCGCCAGCCUGCUCGCCCGCGGGGACGGCACCGACGCGGACGGGGAUGGUGGGAACUUUGGCUGGCCGAAGGUCUGGCGCGGCGCGUGCUGGGCGCGGCUGAACGACAGCGCGAGGGCGUACGGGGAACUGCAGCUGAGCAUCGCGAACAACGUGGCGCCGAACCUGCUGAGCAUGUAUGCCGGCAAGAGCCCGCCGUUCCAGAUCGAUAUGAACUUUGGCUGGGCGGGGAACGUGUUGAGCAUGCUGGUGGUUGACCUGCCGCUGGCGGGCGGCGCAGAGGAGGAGACAAAGGUGAGGACGGUGGUGCUGGGUCCUGCUAUCCCGAGUGCCUGGGGUGGUGGCAGUGUCAAGGGGUUGAGGAUUAGGGGCGGUGUAGUUGUGAAUUUUGCAUGGGAUGGAACGGGUAUCGUGACGAAUUAUACUCUUGUGAGUGGUGAAGCGGCUGGGUUGAGGCUCGUCAACGUUCGAGGAGAGAACCUCUGAAUCGUCUCACUCUCUCAUUCCAAUCCCUGAAUACUAUUCUCGAAUAAAUUGAACAAUGGUAUACGGGCAUCCCC